UGAACCAUGCUUUUAGAUAAAAAAAAAAGUAAUGUUACUAAAGAGAGAAGUGUUUUAGAAUAAGAAUAAUAAGAAAUGUCAAAGAAGAAGAUAAGCCUAACAAAGUUAAAGACUGUCGCAAACAAAAGUGGGGAGAAGAAACAGAUAACAAUCUCCAAGUUUUUCUCAGCGCCUCGUCAACAUCCCAGACAAAACGGGAUUGUGCAAGAGGACAUUGACAGCUCUGUCGUUGUCAUUGAUGAUGACUCACCAAAGAAACAAGAUAUACAGGAUACAAAAGGUGGAAGAAAAAGAGUCAAUAAAAGCAAAGCAGAAGCUUGUGAAAGUAAAAGAAAAUGCUUCUAUCCACCCCAUCAAUCUACCUUAUCAAAGCCUGUCACAUCACAAGAUAUACCUAGCACUUCCUAUUUUGAAUAUGGAAAAGGAGAAUCAAACCAUGGAGUUUCGGCUUCUACAAAAUCAAAACUGAACAAAUUUCAAAUAGAUGAGGUUUCCAAUUUUCCUGCUGUCAAAGAUAUAAAAACUUUUGUUCCAAGGCAAUCUUUGUUAGAUAUAAGUAUUGAUGAUGAUCAAGUUGAUAUUCAGAAAGGGGUUAUCAGUUCUAGUGGUAAUAAUAGUGAUGAUGAGCAACUCUCUACUUCAAAGAGCUUGACAGGUUUACAGAAGUUUGCUGCUGCUACAAGGGGAAAAGCCCAAGUUAACAAAAGAACCAAGACUAAAUACACACCCCUAGAACAACAGUUCCUUGAACUGAAAGAAAAAUACCCUGACACUUUGCUGUUUGUGGAAUGUGGGUACAAGUAUAGGUUCUUUGGAGAGGAUGCAGAGAACGCUGCAGAGGUCCUGAAGAUUUACUGCCACCAAGACCACAACUUUAUGACAGCUAGCAUCCCUGUCCAUCGACUGUUUGUACAUAUAAGAAGACUUGUAGCUGCUGGGUAUAAGGUAGGAGUUGUGAAGCAGACAGAGACAGCAGCACUUAAAGCUUGUGGAGACAACAAGAGUGGUCCAUUCACCAGAGAACUCUCAGCCAUGUACACCAAAUCCACACUGUUUGUGAAUACUUCAGAAGAACUGCAAGGGGAGAUAAAUGCAGAGAGAAGCAGCAGCGAGUAUCUGAUGUGUGUGUAUGAUGUUCCUCAUGACAAAGUCUCAAAGCACCAAACAAUAGGUAUCCUUGCCGUGCAGCCUUCAACAGGGGAUGUUAUUUAUGACAGCUUUGAAGACUCAGACCUUAGAAGUCAGCUGGAGACGAGAAUUCUUCACAUUCAACCAGUGGAGUUAUUAACCAGUAAAACACUGUCUGAUGCAACCCUGAAACUGUUAUCAGAUAUUGCAGCUUUGAGGUCAACAGAUGAUGACAGACUGAGACAAGAGCAGUGUGAUGACGAGGUGUUUGAAUUCAGAUCAUCAUUUACAGCAGUGUCAGAAUUCUACAAGGCACAUGGGAAAGACCCCUCUGUUGUACAAUCAGUGAUCAAUCUUCCCCCUCCUGUCAUCAGCUGUUUAGCUGCUGUGUUGAAAUACUUGAAAGACUUUGGACUUCAAAAAGCCCUACAGGACUCAAGCAAUUUUACACAGUUUUCAGAAAAGUUGAAGCAUCUUCACUUGCCAGGGAACACUGUAAGAAAUCUGGAACUUUUUUGUAACCAGAAUGAUGGCAAGGAGAGGGACUCAUUGUACUGGUUAAUGAACCAGACCGUGACAAAGUUUGGUGGCAGAAAGCUCAAGGCCUGGCUUACUCAUCCUCUUAUGGACAUCAAAGAAAUUUUAAUAAGACAAGAAGCAGUGAAUAGAAUUUUAGACAAUAUCAACUCCAGUGUUCUUGGUAAAUUUCGAAGCAUUCUCGGAAAAUCACCUGAUCUGGAAAGAGGAUUAUGCUCAAUAUUUUAUGAAAAGAGCAGUGUACAAGAAUUCUACUCCGUAUCCAGGUCCCUGUCCACAGUGCUGAGUGAAGUAGAGGAAGUGAAGAAAUGGCUGACUGACAACUUGAACUGUUCUUUACUGCAACAAAUUUUUAAUGAUAUUCCUGAUCUUCUCUCUGACAUCAAACAGUUUAAGGAAUCACUUAAUGAAACUGCUGUUAAGGCAAAUGACAAAACCAAAAUUUUUAUAAAUGAACAAGAUUUCCCGGACAUUGGAAAGAGGAAGAAACAAAUUGAGGCAGUAAGGACAGAAAUUUUGGAUCAUCGACGAGAAAUCCGCCUUCUACUUCGUCAGCCUUCUCUAGACUAUGUCACAGUAAUGGGAAUAGAGUACCUGAUAGAAGUCAAGAAUGCCCACAUAAAUCUGGUUCCCAAUGACUGGGUCAGAAUCAGCAGCACAAAAACAGUGACCAGAUUUCACUCUCCAUUUAUUGAAUCCAAAGUGAGGGAGCUGAGUCAGCUUCAGGAACAGCUGGUGUUAGAUUCACAGGCAGCUUGGUUGUCCUUUCUACAACAAUUUAAUGAGGGAUUUAGAAGAUAUAAAACAGCUGUAGAUCAUCUGGCUACAUUUGACUGCUUGUUUUCUUUGGCAUUUGUUGCCAAGCAUCAGGCCUUCUGCAGGCCAGACAUACUUGCAGAUGAUAUAUGUAUAGAAAUAAAACAAGGCAGACACCCUGUAAUUCAGCACUUGAUUGGAGAGUGUGGACAAUAUGUAGCCAAUGAUACAAAUUUAAAGGGUUCAUCAGAAAGAGUGAUGAUCAUUACUGGGCCAAACAUGGGUGGUAAGAGCUCCUUCAUCAAACAGGUAGCCAUCAUAUGUAUCCUGGCUCAGAUAGGUUCUUACGUUCCAGCUGAUUCAGCUAGAAUAGGCAUCCUGGAUGCCAUAUUUACAAGGAUGGGAGCAGCUGAUGAGAUCUUCAGUGGUAGAAGCACUUUUAUGGUGGAGCUCCAGGAAACCUCAGAUAUCCUAUCACAAGCUACCUCACACUCGCUGGUUAUUCUGGACGAACUUGGGAGGGGAACCAGUACACAUGAUGGUGUUGCAAUUGCCUAUGCCACCUUGGACUACUUUAUCUCAAAGGUUCAGUGCCAAACGUUAUUUGUGACACAUUAUCCAAUUCUGGCAGAGUUUGAAAAGUUGUACCCUCGGAAUGUUGGCAAUUUUCACAUGGGAUUUAUUGUACAUGAAGACAAUGGAUCAGAUGAUGAAGACAAACAAACAAUUACUUUCCUUUACCAGCUGGUAAGAGGAAUGGCAGCAAGGAGUUAUGGCUUAAAUGUUGCUCGACUUGCUGGAAUACCCCAAAGUAUUAUAAAAACAGCAGCUCAACUGUCGUCACAGCUGGAGGAUAAGAUCCAGAAAAGAAGAUUAGAACUGGAAGCCUUUCGAAGAAUGAUGUUGGAAACUGAUGACAACAAACUCCUUCAGUAUACCAAGACAUUUUUGGAAUCAAACACUGGGCAGAGUGAUCCACCAAACUGAAUUUUAAUUAUGUAAUAUGAACAAAAUAAAUUAUAGAAGCAA